AUGGCAGUUGACAGCGAUGUCUACAUGCUGCUGGGAAACUACAGCCGCACAGAGUCUGAAUCUCAAGGCCCCGGUAAAGGUGGCUUGGGGCUGUUGCUGGUGAAGGGAACAGUCAGUGGAAAUAAUGAAGAAGCAAAGAGAAUUCAAUGGGAUAAGACUGCCGUAUUGAAUCUUGGGACCACGGGACUUCGUAGGUCUUUGACUCGGUUGGUUGGUGGCGGAGGGUCGGGUGUUGUGGUGAGUGACGGCACGCUUGUGUUUCCCAUGCAGGCAACAAACAAUAAAGGGAAGAAUGUUUUGUUGUCCAUACGUUUCACCCCGUCAGAGAAGAAAUGGGAGCUUCCACAGGACACGACCGGUGAGGGCUGCAGGGAUCCAUCAAUUGUGGAGUGGGGUGAAGACCAGAAACUCCUCAUGAUGGCUCACUGUGAGCGAGGCUUUUACGAUGUUUACAAGGGUUUUGCGGCUGGUAGAAGUUUGUACCCCGUGGGUGAGCCGAUUUCUCGCGUGUGGGGCACCUCACUGAAGCGCCGAGGAGGGGACGGCGUCCGGAGCGGCUUCACCAACUUGGAUCUUGGGGAAAAGAAGGUGGCGCUGCUCACCACGCCGGUGUAUUCGGAGGAGAAUGGAAAGGGCCAGCUGCAUCUUUGGGUGACAGACAAUGCCCGUGUGCACGACGUUGGGCCGGUAUCCAGUGAAACUGAUGACGCCGCCGCCAGCUCCCUGCUGUACAGAGCCGACAAGGAGGAGUUAAUUUUACUGUACGAGAAUAAGAAGAAGAAUGGGGAGGGUGACGCGUACAGCCUUGUCGCCGUGAACCUGAAAGACAAGCUGUCGCGGGUAAAAGAGGUGGUUCAGCAUUGGGCUGCAUUGGACAAGGCACUAACAAGCUGCGCUUCCACCGGUGGCACAGGUGACCUGGGAAUAAAGAAUGUGUGUAAGGGCCCUAUUCCCACGGAAGGGCUGGUUGGGCUUUUGUCCGGCACAUUAAUGGAUGGGACUGUGUGGAAGGACGAGUACCUCGGCGUGAACGCAACGGCAAAGGGAGGAGUGACAAGCGAGGAGUGGGGUAUGAGGUUCAAAGGCGCUGGGGCGUGGGUGGAGUGGCCGGUGGGCAGCAAGGGGCAGAACCAGCCGUACUACUUUGCGAACAACAAGUUCGAUCUUGUGAUGACGGUGACGAUCCACGCGGUGCCGGGGGCAGACAGUCCUGUUCCUUUGAUGGGUGUGAGGAUGAAUGACGAUGACAGCACUGUGCUCUUUGGUCUGUCGUACGCGAAGGACAAGCAGUGGAGGUUCCGGAGGGGUGACAGAGUCUUCAGAAGGUCUACGGAAACGUGGGAGGUAAACAAAACGUAUCAGGUGGUGGUGGCAAUGGAUGAAAGAGAGUGGUAUGUGCACGUUGAUGGGGAGAAGAUUCAUGAAGGGAUCUACGAUGCUGAUCUGUUCAAUUCAUACCGGAUCUCGCACUUCUACUUUGGCGACGGCGUUACGGCGAGGGGCACAGCGACCAGCCACGAUGUGACGGUGUCCAGCGUCCUGCUGUACAACAAAUUGCUUCGAAAUACUGUAGAGAUCAAGCAACUUAAUGCCAGCAAAUUUACUUUUCCGCAGCCUGGUGCGGAGGAACCAAACAAUAAAGAGGGGGAUUCCACUCAGCUCCCUGACGUUAAGACGCAGUCUGAGGGCGGCCUCGAUCGGGAAACACCUUCGCCCCCCGACCAAAACGCCGCCACCGUGAAUGAUGGUGGGGAUGCCUCUUCUCAGGGACUGCACGAUUUGCCAUCAAUUCCAACGGCCCAGUCCCCAAUACCUGAAGAACAACAACCACAAGAAGGUGGCGGCGGCAUAUCUGCGGGGGAACAUGAAGAACCACGACCAUCAGAGGAGGAUGUCGAGGCUGGUGAUGAAGCCAAUGGUGGUGAUGAAGCAUUUCCUGAAGGCGAGGUCCCUGAGGGAGUGGCUGGUGAGAAGGAGCGGGAAAAUGAAGAGCCGCGUGGCGGUGCUGAAUCGGGGUCUUCGCCGCCUUCAUCGUCGAAGGUGAACGCUGCUGCCGAUGGAGACGGCGACGCUAAGGCACAUGCCACUGAAAACGUCCCUUUGCAGCACGAGGCCAAUGGGAACCAAGCGCAGCAAGGCAGUCCGCUUCCAUCUGAAAACGAAGAAGCGCCGUCUAAUGAACCCGAAGCCGGCGGUGAGAAGCACACGUCUGGCCGCGGAGCGGAGGAAGCCGCACCUGAAGCGGCGGUGGGCCCAGGCGGCAGCUCUCUUCCAGCCAGCGACGCCGACAGGAAUCCCGCGAAGGCGACACCUGACGCUUCUUCGCCGGGCGCAGUUGAAGUGUCUCGUGGAGACAAUGAGGAAGCGUCACAUGGCACCGGUAACGUCUUCGCUACCUUCAAGAAGAUCACUGGCGUGGGGUCUAACGAAGGAGGCGGUGACGGCGCUGAGUACGGUGAGUGCGCGCGGCGCCUGUUGCUGUUCGUCCUGCUGGGGCUGUGGGGCAUUGCGGCUCUCUCCGCAGCACAGUGGGGGGACUGA